CGCAGGACGGCAUCACCGGGCAUCCCGCGGCGGCGAAUCUGUCAGGUCCCCGCUGUCCCUCCCCACACACACACACGCUCAGCCCGACCCGGAAAGCAGGAAAAAUAAUUUACAAGGUCUCUGCCCCCCCUUUCCCCUGAGCUCCUCGUCCCAGUGCUAAAAAUCGCCCCUGGGGAGGACGGGGGUGGUUGGUAAAAAGCCGGUGUGGAACGGGGGGAAGCCGCCCCGUGGGGAGGGCACCCCCGAAGGCAGCGGGCAGCCCCUUCCCGCCCCCCUUGAAGGGGGGGGAUGAGGUAGAGGCCGGCUGCGGAGCGCCCCGCGGGGCGCCGUGGCCGCGGAGACAUGAGGCGGCGAGCGGCGGUGAUGGGCGCCAGCAGCGCACGGUGCUAGAGCCCCGCAGCAGCCAAGGUCUGAGAGGACAGUAGCCUGUGCGAUACGGAGGGAUCUGGUUUUCAAAAUGGAAUUGCAGUUCGCGCUCCUUUUAGCAGGGAUAAUCGCGUUCUCGGACUCGGCCAGAGGCCCCCCAAGGAUUGCGGAUAAAGUGAUUCACCGCCAGUCUGUGAGGCUAGGGAGGACCAUCAAGCUCCUGUGCCCAGUGGAGGGUGACCCCCCACCCCUCACCAUGUGGAUGAAGGAUGGACGCACUAUCCACAGUGGCUGGACAAGGUUCCGAAUCCUUCAACAAGGGCUGAAAAUUAAGGAGGUGGAAAGUGAGGAUGCGGGGACCUACAUCUGCAAAGCCACCAAUGGCUUUGGCAGCACCAAUGUGAACUACACCCUCAUCGUGAUUGAUGAUGCCAGCUCAGGAAAGGACAGCCAGGUACCUGAAGGCUCCAAUGGAGAAUAUGAAGAUCAUUCAGGGAAGCAAUGGGCCCGGCCCAGGUUCACGCAGCCUGCCAAGAUGAGACGGAGAGUGAUCGCCCGUCCCGUCGGCAGCUCCAUCCGCCUGAAGUGUGUGGCUAGUGGAAACCCACGGCCAGACAUCACGUGGCUAAAGGACAAUAAGCCUCUCACACCCCAAGAGAUUGGGGAGAACAAGAAGAAGAAGUGGACACUGAACCUGAAGAACCUGAAGCCAGAGGAUAGUGGGAAAUACACAUGCCGAGUAUUUAACAAAGUUGGAGAAAUCAAUGCAACUUACAAAGUUGAAGUAAUCCAGAGGACAAGGUCCAAGCCCAUCCUGACAGGGACGCACCCUGUCAACACGACGGUGGACUACGGAGGGACCACAUCCUUCCAGUGCAAAGUCCGCAGCGAUGUCAAACCUGUCAUCCAGUGGCUGAAGAGGGUGGAGUAUGGCACAGAGAGCAAGUACAACUCAACCAUCGACGUUGGGGGACAGAAGUUUGUUGUGCUGCCCACGGGGGAGGUCUGGUCCCGCCCCGAUGGCUCCUACCUGAAUAAAUUGAUGAUUACUCGAGCCAAGGAAGAAGAUGCAGGGAUGUACAUUUGCCUAGGAGCAAACACCAUGGGCUACAGCUUCCGCAGUGCUUUUCUCACAGUCCUGCCAGAUCCCAAACCUCCGAGUGCACCUGUGCCCCCUUCCUCAGUCAGCAGCCUGCCCUGGCCUGUGAUCAUCGGCAUCCCUGCCGGAGCUGUCUUCAUCUUUGGGACAAUCCUCUUGUGGCUUUGCCAGACUAAGAAGAAACCCUGCUCCCCUCCAGCUGCUGCCCCUGUGCACCGGUCGCAGCCCCGGGACAGGAUCUGUGUCUCCCAAGUCCCUGACAAAGACUGCAUCUCCUCCAUAAACUAUGAGGAAUACGUUGCCCAGCAGCAGCAUUUACUGUCCCAGGGGCCUGCACUUGCCCCUGCCAUGGCAUCCAAAAUGUACCCAAAGAUUUACACGGACAUCCACACCCAUACCCACUCACAUGUGGAAGGCAAAGUCCAUCAGCACCAGCACAUUCAGUACCAGUGCUAAGAGGGUGGCAGUGUACAGUAGCUCGUUUGGGCUUUUCCUCGUGGUACCUCAGAAGAGACUGCUCCAAGUCAGCUCACACUGCCAGCAAUAGGCAAAGCAGACAGAAAAGAUUAUAUAUAUAAUUUUAAAUAUAUAUAUACAUAUAUAUAUAAUUGUAUAUGCGUGUGUGUAUGUGUGUAUAUAUAUAUGUGUAUAUAUCUAUAUCUAUCUAUCUAAAUAUAUAUAUAAUAGAGAAAGACAAAAAGAGAAAAGAGAUUUUUUGGUUUUGUUUUUAAUUAUUGCAAUCAGGAUGUAGCCAAGGAAUAAUGAAGGAACUCCAGAUCUCAGCAGAGAAGCAGCCAUCUCCAACAGUGGAGCCUUCCCGGAUCUCUUAAUCGAGGUGGCAACAAGUGAGACAGGAUACAGGGACGUGAACAACCACUUCCUUCCUUGUGUUGCUACAGGAGCAAGAAGAGCAAGAGGUGACCAUGGUGCUUUUCCAGAGGGGCACUGCUGUUCCUGUGCCUGCUUCACAUCACUUGUUUUGGUGGGAAGCCCCCAGACCUGUCCCACUCUGAGUGACUGAGGUUUAGUGCCAAAGCACCAGGAUACAUAAUUCACCUCUUCCAGGGCAAAAAUAUAACACAAGAGAGAGGCUGGAACAUGUAAUUUCUAUUCACAACAUGAAAUGUUGAAUGCUUCUCCGUCAUGGUCAUUUGGUCUGAAAUACUAGCCAAGCUGAUUGGCUUGGUAUCUGCAAGGUGAAGGCAUCAUGAUUCCCAUGUGGUGUUCUGCAGAUCAAACCAGAAAUGCUCCAAUCUCCCAGUCCUAGGACUCAGUGCCACUGCCAGGAAAAAGGAAAGAAGGAAAGAGGAACAUUGUACAGAACACCUUUAUAUUUAUAUUUAAGAAAUAAUAAUAAUUAAUAAUAAUAAUAAUUGAACUGCUGAUGGUGAAGAAAGCAAAACACACUGUCCUUCUCUGAUGGCUCACAGUGACAAGCUACUGGAUUUUCUAUGUCAAUGCAAAAUACAUGAGAACAUUAGGAAAAAAAAGUAAGAAAUAAAGAGAAUGAAAUAAUAACCUUGUAGGAAACAAUGAAUUUGAGAUAUUCACCUAGGUUGUGUGUGGUGGUCCCCUCCCCUCAGAUAACAGUUUGGAAAUGAUACAGCUUCGUUGCAGUUCAAACAACAGUAAAGACAGAAAGAAGAGAAAAUAAAUAAGGACCAUAUUAAAUACCUAUAUGGACUGGAGAUGAAUCCAAUUGCAAAUAUAAAACCUUUGUAAUUCUAUAUAGAGUUUAAACAGAAGUCAUGUAUAUUUAAUUUAUUUUGUUAAACAAGAAAAAAAAUGUAUGAUAUUUUCCUCAGAACAGGCAUUUCUAUGCGUAUUUUUGAUCAAAGAAAAUAAAGAUUUUUUUUUCCAGGUUCUAUAGAUGCCAUGCUCAGAAUACACUCGAUGUAGCAUGUGACCAACUGUACUUCUCCCAACCUGGAGGGUCAUCUAUCUCUAUGCCUUUUUACACUACCCAUGUGUAAUCUCUUAGCAUCAUCUCAGGUACCGCUGGUGCCAUCCUUGUCCUUUUCAACUGGUUAUAUUCUGCCUGUGAAGGUCUGCAGUGGCCAGAUGACUUCUCAUGGAUCCCUUGUCAUCUUCAUUAUGAAGUUUCCUGCUCACAGGGAAAUCUGUUUCACUAUGCAUUUUGGGGGGUGGGGGGAAGGGAAGGAGAUUGUGUUUGUUUUUUAAGCACAAACCUCCAGUGGGGUUUCUUUUUAAAAGCAAAUUCAGUAAAUCAAAACAUAAUGAUUUGUGUGCCUGUAAAAUGAACUUUGGCCUCAGGGUGCUUGGGAAGGGGGAAAUAUGAAAUGCAAGUGAAACACUUCAUUUGUAAAUGCAGCUGCUGAAGGAGCCAGUGGAGGGUGAGGUGGGUGCAAUAAGAAGAGCAUGUGGGGAGCUGCUCACACCAUCAUUCUGCCGCAUGCUACAGAGAGGCACCCAACUCUUUAGAGGCUAAAAUGUUCUUUAGAGAAGGCAGGUUCAGCACUCACUUCAUUGCAUUUCACUUCUAGUUUGCUGGUAAAAAACCCUGAAAAAUUGAAACGUGCUAAUUUUUAGGUUUGAAAUUGCUUCUCUCUCAAAGCCUUUUUCCAAGAAAGAGAUCCUCAACAAACCCACUGCUCCGUUUAGAAGUGAAACACUUUAUUUAACCUGAACCUGAACAGUGCUUUGCUUUUCUCUAAAUGUUUCUGAAGGUAUUUGCUCUGGGUUGACCUGCAGUGAUUUUUCUGCUGGCUUGUUUGAAUCAGCAGCAAACCAAACAGCUCCUUGUUUGCUCAGCAGCAGUGCUGUGAGAUGGGGCCCUAACUCAGUGAAACACAUAAGCUCCCCAUUCACUUUACCAAUACAUGGUGCUCCAAAAAAGUCCCUUUUAUUGCCUUAGCCACCUGGAUCAGUGGCUCCAUCCCUGCCCACUGUUCUGGUUCUUUCUGGAGCUAUCCAUAACUUUGGCAAAGAGGAAGAGAAGGAGGAAAAGGAGGAGGCAGAAUUAGAGGAGGAAUACUUUCCUACUCACACGGAGUUUACCAACUGGCACUGUUGCAAUACAGCACCACAUAGAACACUGCUGCUUUCCUGACUGCUGUCGUAGGAAAUCCAUGUUAUAACCUCUACAGGAAGACCAUAUUCAGGGAUGAUCUUCCUGUAGAGGUUAUAAUAAAGCAACCUGUUGCUAUUUUUAUUCAUUUUGAUCUCAGAAGGAGGGUUCAGUUAAUCUUUGUUAACACAAAUUUAUGAAGUCCAUAAAAGCUGAAUUUUCUGCAUCCCCUCAGAUUCAGGGAGACUUAAAUGUGAGCACUGGAGGCUCUGUUUGGAUACAAGUCGUGGUUUAGGCAGGAGUUCUUAAUGGUUCUAGUUUAUUGAGUCAUCUCACUGCAAAUAAAAUAAAAAGCUUCUACACUAAGUGCAUCCCCUUUGUUUCAAAAAGGCAGUAGGUGGAUAUUUCCAUGAGAGACACUAAGGGUUACAUCUCAUAUUAUGCCUAUGAGAAGUUACUUGCUGCAUCACAGUACUUCUCAAGCUGCACUGUGUUUGAGCAGCAUUUGGACCAUGGCAGAGGGCAGGAUUAACCUGUAAGCCUGUGGCCCUUCUCUGCUCUCUCUGCCAUGCUGCAGAGAAAGGGCUCUUCUAACACACCCUGUGUUAGCGGUGCUGAUACCAGCUUCAAAGGUGGAGGUGAACACUGGUUUUGUAUGGUUCAGCCCUAAGAAAACCCUAAGACACUGUCUUAUGGCACUUUCCCAGAUGGCAGCUGUAUCACUGACCCUUAGAGAGAGGGUUGUGGGUUAAAAGAAGCAAUCCUGCAUAUCUUAUGCAGCACGGUCUUCCAUGCUGAGCAUAAUGCUCUCCACCAGUGCCUUCUACCCUUUGUGAUCCAGCUCCAUCAUGUUGUACCACAGAGCUGAAAACUUCAUAUAUAACCAGAUGGCUCCCAUGGAAGGAGUGGCCUCUUCCUGCCCUUUAAAGCUCCUGCCUUUAGAGAUAAAUCUCUAGUGAUGCUCAUAGACAGAUCUCCAAAGGCAAACAUUGCAAUAAACCACCCAGCAUGAGCAAU